AUCCAGUCGUUUGUAUUGACAAGCAGACGCUUCGCUGAAGAACCACACACAAAAAUAAGCAUCAAGCAACGAUGAUCAAGGCUAUUCUUAUUUUCAACAACCAUGGGAAACCCCGGCUCAUCAGAUUCUACCAAUAUUUUGCUGAAGACAUGCAGCAGCAGAUCAUCAGGGAGACCUUUCAUCUGGUAUCCAAAAGAGAUGAUAAUGUCUGCAACUUUCUGGAAGGUGGAAGUUUGAUCGGCGGCUCUGACUACAAGCUGAUCUACAGACACUAUGCCACUCUGUAUUUUGUGUUUUGCGUGGACUCGUCAGAGAGCGAGCUGGGGAUUCUCGAUCUUAUACAGGUCUUUGUGGAGACCCUGGAUAAAUGCUUUGAGAAUGUGUGCGAACUGGACUUAAUCUUCCACAUGGAUAAGGUCCAUUAUAUUCUCCAGGAAGUCGUGAUGGGUGGGAUGGUUCUGGAAACGAAUAUGAAUGAAAUCGUUGCUCAAGUGGAGCUUCAGAACAGAAUGGAGAAAUCAGAGGGUGGUCUGUCUGCAGCACCAGCACGAGCCGUUUCUGCAGUCAAAAACAUGAAUCUUCCUGAAAUCCCCCGGAACAUCAAUAUCGGGGACAUUAAUAUAAAAGUGCCCAGUCUCUCCCCGUUUUAAGUCGGCUCGUCUGAUCCAUGUGUUUUUCUGUUGUUGUUGUUUUUUUUUAUUAUGUGUUAUCAGUAAUUGCCAUAGAUGCCGUCUCCCUCUUGCCAUUACUGACAUUCAUUUGAGUCCAAAGCACUACAGGGUCCAAUCAUUCACAACAUAUCUUUCAUUUCAGAACCGUGUUUCCCGUUUUGUUUAAAGUGUUGUUUUGUAUUUUGUCUGUGAUGCUGUAAAGUUCUAACAUGUGUUUUUUGCCAGCUUUAGACCAAUUAUAAAAGUGGUAAAUGUUACACAUUAAUAAUUUAUAUUAAAUGUUACUGUUACAUUAAAAUUGAUUUUGUCCAGAAA